GAGGGUCGUGAGCAAAGCGAGUUCGAAUCCAUUGCAAAUGCUCAGACAUCGGGGCCGUAAAGCUACAUUGCAUGCUACGAACAAAGCGAACGUCCUUGCUAACUAGCCACAGACGAUAAACGCAAAUUUGCUGUACAUAUAGAAGUAACAAUACCCAGUAUUAUUGGAGUUAGAUAUUCGCGUUAAGUGGGUGUUCGGUUCCUGACUAUGUCAACAGCCGACGAUUCACGUUACUACAACGGUACGUUGAGGUUAGCUAGCUAACGUUAGCUGUUUAGCUAGUUGCUAGCUAUCUAGCUAACGUUAACGAAAGUAGCUAACCAGCUACCUGUAAACAACAAUGCUCUUCCUUGUCAGCGAUUUUUCUUUCGUAAUACGAAAUGUGUUCUGAAUUGGAUAACUAGGGGUUGACACUAUUUAUAAAUUACUUAACUUGUCAGCUUAAUAGGUAGCUAACAAGUUAGUUACAUAAAGAAGUUAGCGAGCUAGCAAUAGAAAGUAGAUAGCUAGCUGUGGUUUAACUUUAGAAGCUAGUUAACUAGCACGUUUAUUGGUAACGUUAGCACAUUGUUUUACUCUGGACCCAUGGCGCGCAUGCUAGUACAUUUACUAUGACAACACAUCUAACUGGCUAGUUGGCUAACAUUACCACCUAUUGCUAUUGUGUUAUAGACGUAGGUAACUAAUUACUGUACCCUACAUCAACGUUGAGUAAUUUCGUAGCUAGCUCUCUAGUUACAUCACAGCAUUGAAAGUUGGCUGAAAACGUGUCUGCGUAUUACAGCGAGAAUGGAUUAUCUGGGCGAUUCCACGCCAGGAAGGGCCGAAAAUAAAUAAUAAAUACAUAACCUGAGGGAUAGGGCUGGAGAAAUGUAACGACUCUCAAAUUCAUAAACAGAAAUAACGAAUGAUCAUCCAUGAUAUCAAAUUGAUAGUUUUAACCAUGUUUUGAGGCUAUAUAGGGUUUGUUUACAUUGACCUUGUUUACAUUGGAGUGAAACGAUCUUAUUUUGGAUUAUGAUGGGCUACAACAGUUACCUUUAAUAAAACACAAUUUCUCACCACCAUGCUAGAGUGGCUAAUGAUACAGUACUUCCUGAUGUUGCGCACUAUGUUCAGCCAGGGGUAAUGGUGGUGGAAAAGUGUGUUUUAUUAACCCUUUACACUCGUGGGAAUUGGCCUAUAUGGAUAGGGCUAAAUUGAAAUGUUUCUUACAGAAGAAAUAUGAAAAUGCAUAACCAUGGUAGCAAUUGAAAGGGAACGGUUUGGAGAUUAUGGGAAAAUUAUUAGACCAAAGGUGAGGACACAACAGUUCACCUGACACGACUGAAUCCAAACAUUACACUGUUGAUUUUAUGUGCAUUUUACAUUUACUGUACUUUUUGCCGUGUUUGUUGAUGAAUAAAUCUGAAAAUACUCUGGAUACAUUCAGUAACAUGAUAAGAAGGUGAAUGCACCAAUUUGUAAGUCGCUCUGGAUAAGAGCAUCUACUAAAUGACGUAAAUGUAAAUGUAAGAAUAUUCCUGGAAAAUGUGGGAUAGUUGCAACAAAAGGCAACAAAGUGACAAGGGUUUGAGUGAGAGGACUAACUGGUGUCUCCAAGUGCCCACACACCUCCAGUGUGCACAGUUCCUAAGUCAUUUCAAUGCACUUUUAUGGCUCAAAGAAUAGUCUUCAACUAGAAUGUUUUUUUUUUUUUUAGCUUUCCUAGCUGUGCUGUUGAGGAACUAGAGCAAGCACACUUGUAGUUUUGUUUACAGCACAACUCUGCAUCCCUGCCAUCACACAAUUACUGUUGUUUACGCAAUCCAAAAACGGUCCAUUAUAAAUCGCAAUCUGGGUCAGGUGUUGUGAAAGCUUGUUCAUUUGAAAGCUUGUUCUAUUGCCAACAUGACUAGCUAAGUUAUACAAUACGAUAUUACAGUGUUAGGCUUUCACAACGAGGUGCUCAAGUUCAGAACGGCUGUCAGUCAAAACCAUACAGCGCUGUGAAGUGCAGAGCUCUGACGUCAUGUAUAGCAUGUUAUCAUACAGCCACUGCGUUCCAAUUUAGGUGUUUAUCAGUGCCCAAAUCUGCCAUUUUCAACUUGUAUAUGGGUACGAGUGUAAAGGGCUACGACAGUACGCAUAUUUCCCCCGUUUUUUUAGGCCGGCGGGCCAUUAAAUCAAGGAAACGGACGCCUUUGCAGCCUGCUUUAUAAUUUGUUAUGUACAAACCCGUCGCUGGGCGACGUGAGUGUAUUACCGGCUGUGCAGAUUAGGGUAAACGUAUCCAUUAAGCCCACGUACCCAUUACGCCCAGUUCCAUCUUUGAAUUACAAUAAAAAACAAAAAAUGUUCUGUUGUUUGUUUCAACCGAUUCAACUGGUUGUUAUGUCCAUACAUUUUGAUUCUAAGCUAAUCAGAUGUUUUAUUAAGUUAUUGAUCGUUUUUUGUAAAUUCCCACUAGUGGCCAAUUUCAAAGCUGCAAAAAACCUUGGUGUUGAGGCGACCCUCAAACACAUUUUUCAGAUUUUUUGUACCUUCUCAGAUAAGUGAGCAUACUUUAUGUAAAAUUAAGAAAUUAAUUUGCUGAUAUAUGCACAUGAUGGCAUAUUUCAUGGACAUUAAUUACUAUCUCUUGCCAAUUGAAAAUAUGGGUUUUUCAUGCUAUCAAUCGUGUGUGGCUGCAUGUCACAGUCACACAGUAGCAACAUACCUUGGUGAACUACAACAAGGUAAUAGAUUUCAGGCAUUCACAGCUUACAUUUCUUAAUGCAUUUUAUGUUAUUUUACUGUUAAAUUAACCUUGCAUUGUUAAACAUAAAUGCAAUUUUUGUAAAUUUGACAUUUAUCUCAGGUGGGUUUAAAGGGUACAGUAGCACAAAAAGCACUCCUAUACAGAAUGUAAAUGACAAAUAAAUAUUGUUCAAUAUGAUCAAUACUAACUUUGCAUAAUAUUGUAGUCUAUAGUGUAUGUUUAUACCCCAAACCAUUGUUUUCCAAAUAUUUAAUGAGUAGACUUUGCUAUUCUGCUAUUUCUUGGGGGACUAUCUGUUGAUCCAUGUAGUUAAUAUGUUAUUCAAUGCAGUUGUAUGGGCUAAUAGCAGUAAGGCCAAAUACAGUACCAGACAAAAGUUUGGACCUACUCAAUCCAGGAUUUUUCUUUAUUUUUACUAUUUUCUACAUUGUAGAAUAAUAGUGAAGACAUCAAAACUAUGAAAUAACACAUGUGGAAUCAUGUAGUAAGCAAAAAAGUGUUAAACAAAUCAAAAUACAGUGAGGGAAAAAAGUAUUUGAUCCCCUGCUGAUUUUGUACGUUUGCCCACUGACAAAGACAUGAUCAGUCUAUAAUUUGAAUGGUAGGUUUAUUUGAACAGUGAGAGACAGAAUAACAACAAAAUAAUCCAGAAAAACGCAUGUCAAAAAUGUUAUAAAUUGAUUUGCAUUUUAAUGAGGGAAAUAAGUAUUUGACCCCUCUGCAAAACAUGACUUAGUACUUGGUGGCAAAACCCUUGUUGGCAAUCACAGAGGUCAGACGUUUCUUGUAGUUGGCCACCAGGUUUGCACACAUCUCAGGAGGGAUUUUUUCCCACUCCUCUUUGCAGAUCUUCUCCAAGUCAUUAAGGUUUCAAGGCUGACGUUUGGCAACUUGAACCUUCAGCUCCCUCCACAGAUUUUCUAUGGGAUUAAGAAUAGAAUAUGCCAUUUAGCAGACGCUUUUAUCCAAAGCGACUUACAGUCGUGCGUGCAUACAUAGGUCUGGAGACUGGCUAGGCCACUCCAGGACCUUAAUGUGCUUCUUCUUGAGCCACUCCUUUGUUGCCUUGGCCGUGUGUUUUGGGUCAUUGUCAUGCUGGAAUACCCAUCCACAACCCAUUUUCAAUGCCCUGGCUGAGGGAAGGAGGUUCUCACCCAAGAUUUGACGGUACAUGGCCCCGUCCAUCGUCCCUUUGAUGCAGUGAAGUUGUCCUGUCCCCUUAGCAGAAAAACACCCCCAAAGCAUAAUGUUUCCACCUCCAUUUGUGACGUGGGGAUGGUGUUCUUGGGGUCAUAGGCAGCAUUCCUCCUCCUCCAAACACGGCGAGUUGAGUUGAUGCCAAAGAGCUCGAUUUUGGUCUCAUCUGACCACAACACUUUCACCCAGUUCUCCUCUGAAUCAUUCAGAUGUUCAUUGGCAAACUUCAGACGGGCAUGUAUAUGUGCUUUCUUGAGCAGGGGGACCUUGCGGGCGCUGCAGGAUUUCAGUCCUUCACGGUGUAGUGUGUUACCAAUUGUUUUCUUGGUGACUAUGGUCCCAGCUGCCUUGAGAUCAUUGACAAGAUCCUCCCGUGUAGUUCUGGACUGAUUCCUCACCAUUCUCAUGAUCAUUGCAACUCCACGAGGUGAGAUCUUGCAUGGAGCCCCAGGCCGAUGGAGAUUGACAGUUCUUUUGUGUAUCUUCCAUUUGCGAAUAAUCGCACCAACUGUUGUCACCUUCUCACCAAGCUGCUUGGCGAUGGUCUUGUAGCCCAUUCCAGCCUUGUGUAGGUCUACAGUCUUGUCCCUGACAUCCUUGGAGAGCUCUUUGGUCUUGGCCAUAGUGGAGAGUUUGGAAUCUGAUUGAUUGAUUGCUUCUGUGGACAGGUGUCUUUUAUACAGGUAACAAACUGAGAUUAUGAGCACUCCCUUUAAGAGUGUGCUCCAAAUCUCAGCUCGUUACCUGUAUAAAAGACACCUGGGAGCCAGAAAUCUUUCUGAUUGAGAGGGGGUCAAAUACUUAUUUCCCUCAUUAAAAUGCAAAUCAAUUUAUAACAUUUUUGACAUGCGUUUUUCUGGCUUUUAUUGUUGUUAUUCUGUCUCUCACUGUUCAAAUAAACCUACCAUUAAAAUUAUAGACUGAUCAUUUCUUUGUCAGUGGGCAAACAUUCAAAAUCAGCAGGGGAUCAAAUACUUUUUUCAAAUACUGUAUCUUUUAUAUUUGAGAUUCUUCAAAGUAGCCACCCUUUGCUUUGAUGACAGCUUUGUACACUCUUGGCAUUCUUUCAACCAGCUUCAUGAGGUAGUCACCUGGAAUGCAUUUCAAUUAACAGGUGUGCCUUGUUAAAAGUUAAUUUGUGGAAUUUCUUUCCUUCUUAAUGUGUUUGAGCCAAUCAGUUGUGUUGUGACAUGGUAGGGUUGGUAUACAGAAGACAACCCUAUUUGGUAAAAGACCAAGUCCAUAUUAUGUCAAGAACAGCUCAAAUUAGCAAAGAGAAACGACAGUCCAUCAUUACUUUAAGACAUGAAGGUCAGUCAAUAUGGAAAAUGUCAAGAACUUUGAAAGUUUCUUCAAGUGCAGUCGCAAAAACCAUCAAGCGCUAUGAUGAAACUGGCUCUCAUGAGGACCGCAAAAGAUCUACAAAGAAACCACUACUAAAAGGACACCAAUAAGAAGAAGAGACUUGCUUGGGCCAAGAAACACGAGCAUGGGUCUGAUGAUAUUUGCCAAUUGAUUUCUGCUGCCGGAGCGGCAUCUGUUAAUGGGAAAGCUGUUUUGACUUUGUGGCUGUGUUAUCUAGUGGAAAUUGGGUCAAGCGGCCAAAAAUACAAAAAUAUAAACGCAACAUGUAAAGUGUUGGUCCCAUGUUUCAUGAGCUGAAAUAAAAGAUCCCCAAAAUAUUCCAUACACACAAAAAACGUAUUUCUCUCAAAUGUUGUGCACAAAUUUGUUUACAUCCCUGUUAGUGAUCAUUUCUCCUUUGCCAAGAAAAUACAUCCACCUGACAAGUGUGGCAUAUCAAGAAGCUGAUUAAACAGCAUGAUCAUUACACAGGUGCACCUUGUGCUGGGGACAAUAAAAGGCCACUCUAAAAUGUGCAGUUUUGUCACACAACACAAAGCCACAGAUGUUUCAAGUUUUGAGGGAGUGUGCAAUUGGCAUGCUGACUGCAGGAAUGUCCAACAGAGCUGAUGCCAGAGAAUUCAAUGUUCAUUUCUCUACCAUAAGCCGCCUCCAACGUCAUUUUAGAGAAUUUGGCAGUACGUCAACUGGCCACACAACCGCAGACCACGUGCUACCACGCCAGCCCGUGACCUCCACAUCCGGCUUCUUCACCUGCGGGAUCAUAUGAGACCAGCCACCCAGACAGCUGAUGAAACUAAGGAGUAUUUCUGUCUGUAAUAAAGCCCUUUUGUGUGUAAAACUCAUUCUGAUUGGCUGGGCCUGGCUCCACAGUGGGUGGGCCUAUGCCCUCCCAGGACCGCCCAUGGCCAGUCAUGUGAAAUCCAUAGAUUGACUGAUUUCCUUAUGAACUGUAACUCAGUAAAAUCAUUGAAAUUGUUGCGUGUUACGUUUAUAUUUUUGUUCAGUAUAGAAAUCGCUCUGUAAUUUCCUGGUUGCUAAAAUUCAGUUUGUGAGAGAAAAAAAACAGCCUAGUGCUGUUGCAAUUCACCUAGCUUCCACAUAGGGGAUACAUUCUCUGUGUAGCACCUUUUAACAAUAUGUCUAAAAAUAAGCAAAAUCCAAAAGGUACUUUUGAGAUAUUAAUAUUUUUUAUGUUGAAUACAUUUGUGACAAUGUAUUUCAUAAUCUAUAUAUACUCCAUAUUUUAGAGCACACUAUAAGGACUAUAGUGACACCACGAUGUUGUCUGUAUCAUGUAUGGAUCAUAGGCUCCCUAGUGGCGCAGUGGUCUAAGGCACUGCAUCUCAGUGCUUGAGGCGUCACUACAGACCCCUGGUUCGAUUCCAGGCUGUAUCACAACCGGCCGUGAUUGGGAGUCCCAUAGGGUGGCGCACAAAUGGCCCAGCGUCGCCCGGGUUUGGCCGGUGUAGGCCGUCAUUGUAAAUAAUAAUUUGUUCUUAACUGACUUGCCUAGUUAAAUAAAGGUUAAAAAAAAAACAGGAGGCCUAAAAUGACCACUUUCUUCAUGAUUUUCUCAAAUUGUUUUUUGAUACAAAUGUAAAAAGCAUAUCAAACAUCCUUCCUCCCAAUGAGGUUUCUAUGUGAGAAAUGCCAGAACAAUUCGAGAUACCCAAAAUAUUUUCGGCCCUUCCUGGUGUGGAAUCGCCCAGCUAGCGCUCCUUCCAAACAUGCAUGAUAUCAAAUGAAGAUGACAGACCAGAUCUGGGCCAUUACUAGGCUAAUAACUGCUGUAGCUUGGUUGAAUUCCUUUUUCUGUGAACUCAAAGCUCACUAUAGUGACUCUUUGUCCAUCAGAUCACGAUGACAGAGUUGGAGGACAAAAGGUUCGCAACCGCAAAGGCAGGGGACCUUUCAGGGCCCCUAUGUAUAGUGACCAAGGGCCAGUAGGUCUAGGGCCAAGACCAAGACAUCGUGGUAGCCAAAGAGGCGGCGGCGGCCCGGGACCCAGAGCGAGAUUUGACGAUGAAGAUGGCGACGUGGCAAUGACAGACAGCAACUCCCAAGAUGGAUCCUCUCAACACAGAUUGUGAGUUUGUCAUGCUGAAGAGGGAGAGUAUUUCACUGAACAUGUUUAUAGGUUUGAUCUAUGAAGUUAUCCUGUAAACCUCCUCAUGGUUUUUGCCCUGCCAGUAACCCUUAUGGAAGGCCAAGUCGCCGUGGUGACGACCGCUUUGACCGGGGCCGCAGAGGUGGUGGAGGAGGAGGUCACAGGGGUCGUGGGAAUAACAAAGGAGGGGAUGGAGUUGGAGGUGGCCGCAAGAACUGGUUCAAGAUGUCUGUGAGUCCACGUUGUAAAAUAAUUGGGUGGCUUUACAGAUCUACUAAGCUGUCAUUGAUUGCAUUGUACUUAGUCAAUGCUAAAUUGUGACUCUUACAGGUCCCCUAUGGAAAGAAAUACGACAAAGACUGGCUGAUAACGGCACUGCAGAAUAUCUGCUCCAUGCCCUUCACCCCAGUACAUGUAAGUGACUGCUGCCUAGUGGCUUUUUUUGUUAGUCAAGCUAGUCCAGAAAUAGACUGAGCAGUGUUUCCCCAUUAUGCAUUUAGCAGUGGUGACGCUAAAAUAUAUGUUUUAUUUACCUCUGCCACCACUGCUGAAAUAAAUCCUAGGGGAAACACUGGACUUUGUUCUCUUGUCCCCUGAAAUAGCUUCAUUUGAUUGGCAUUCUCUUUUUUCACCUCUGUUUUCCAAAGUACCACGUAGAGGGAAACCGAGCAGAGUUCUUUAUUGAUGAUUCCACCACUGCGAAUGCCUUGUUUAAGGUAUCACGGAAGAUCACAGACAAAGAGGGCUACAAGGUACUAUUUUUUCUCUCUCCACAAAACAGACCUUAGGUGGUUUUAUCAAAUGGUGUUAAGCGGGAUAUUUCUGGCAGACUGGGCACCAGACAUUAACACAUUAAUAACGCCAGCAGAAGUUUUCGAUUAAGCAACAAGGCUGGCGCCAGAGUUAAUAGUUUGAUGAUGGCAGUCAAUAUGGAUCGGACCGUCAAUAGGACCUUGAGAAGGGGUCACGGUAAGGCUGUGGUUAAUGAUUAGGGCUUCAGAAAGGGCUUUCAAUAGGAAUUCAAGGACAUAACCAUUUCCCCCUGGGGAUAGUUAUUAGAAAACAUGCCAUUCACUCCUCCAACCUCCAUCUUGUCCAGGUGACGGUACUGAUGAAUCCCUGUCCUCCACCCUCCUUUCUUCAGUCUGAACUAAAGCCAGCUGAUCUGGAGCACCUGAAGGUAAGACAAGGAGACCGGCUCUUAACGAAUAGGAGGAGGAGUGAUCGUUUUAAUAACAUUAUUGUAUUGGUAUCUGAGCCAUCAGCAAGGUUAUUACUUUUUAUUUCCUUCAACUCUACUUAGUAAUUGCUCCUAUUCUUUCAAGUACCCGCUAAUGAUAAUAGUGCAACAUUCAUUAUUUAGUUUCAUGUAUAGAGAGGUGUAUGGACUGAAUCCGUAAAACUGUUUUUCCCUCAUUAGCAAUGCAUGGCUAAACGUUUUGAUGUCUCUCAACAAGCCCUGGACUUGAACAACAUCCGGAUAGACCCAGGUACACGGCAAGAGCAGUUAGUCACAUCAGACGUUUUUCAAUGUUGUAUUUGCAUUAUAUGACAUGUAUUCUGGUAGUGCCGUCCAACACUCCUAUGCUUCCCUGAUUUUCACAGACCUGGUAUCGCAGAACAUUGAUGUGACUUUGAACAGAAAGAACUCCAUGCGUGCUGUUAUUAAGAUCAUUGAGGAGAACAUUCCAGAGGUAUGGAUGUGGUCCUUCCUUGUAGCUGAAUAAUGAUAGAAUAUGGAUGCCUUCUUCCCCACUGAUCCCUUCUCAUUUGCUUCCACAGCUUGUUUGUCUGAACCUCAGCAACAACAAGCUGUUUAGGCUGGAUGACCUGUCGGAGCUGGUCAACAAGGUUCCCAACCUGAAAACACUCAACCUUUCUCAUAACGAGGUGAGGAGACUGGGUCUGGUUGUGGCACAAUGGGACCUAACCCCAGCACUGACCUUUACUGGGACUGCACAGUCUCCUCUUACUUUUCAGUUAUCCACAUAAUGAAUUUAGUCAAUUGACUGGGACAAGGAGUUUUCUCUCUGUGUCCCAUCUUGAGAGUAACACCUGGCUGUUUUAUUGGAUUUUCAUUCCAGUUAAAGACAGAGCGGGAGCUGGACAGGAUCAAGGGUCUUAAACUGGUGGAGUUAUGGCUGGAGAGGAACCCCCUUUGCGACUAUUUCAAGGACCAGGCUUCUUACAUCAGGUCAGUCUGUGCUCAGGAUGGCUGGGUGGGUAAUGGUAGGCUGUUGACAGUGUGUCGUGAGAUGGAUGGCUGGGUGGGUAAUGGUAGGCUGUUGACAGUGUGUCGUGAGAUGGAUGGCUGGGUGGGUAAUGGUAGGCUGUUGACAGUGUGUCGUGAGAUGGAUGGCUGGGUGGGUAAUGGUAGGCUGUUGACGGUGUAUUGUGAGAUAGAUGGGAGGGGGGAUAGUUUAGCAUUCUAUUCCCUGUAUUUCAGGGGGGAACUUGAAUGUAUUCAGAAAACUCCUACUCUGUGGGACAUCACGUUAUUUAUGGAUUAUAUGAGCCGGGAAGGACAUGUUUGGUCUGGUACUACUGAAUAGUAACACAACGCUCAACUUGGAAGGAUCCGGAAUUGACUUGUUGAUCACCAUGCUAUCAGAGAGUCACUGAGCCCUCCCACAUUACUACAAUAACAUAGGUGGUGAAUAAGUUAAGACUUGACAUGAUCGGUUCUUAGACAAGAAUGUAUUGUUCUAUGUUGAAAUCGCUCAAAUAGCCUACUCAAUGCUUGUGGGGAAGCACCUCAGUUCAAAUGUAAAGCCACAUUUAUGAUUAUUUUAAUUUAAGGUGCAUGCCAUAUGUGCCCAAGUUGACAUGAUCGAACCAUUAACCUCUUCACGCCAUAUAGUUCAACAUUAACUAGCCAACAAACACAUGGUUUUAGUUGAGGAUAAUGGCUGUGUUUAUCAUUUCAAUUAUUUCUACAUCCCUGCCCCCUUCUAGAUGCAGGUUUAACUGUCUGUCUGUGUACUGUCUUUUUUUUUUGUCUCUCUCUCUCAUCUGAUCUCACUCUUUCCCUCUCUGAAACUCUGCAGCUGAUCUUUCCCCCAUUUGUUUUCUGCAGUGAAGAUGACCCUGUGCCCCCUACAGACACCUCUGUAUUCAUUUCUUAAACAAAAUCCUGAUCAUUUAAAUGUCAAGAGCCAUUACCUCGAGCAUACAUAAAACUUGGCAUGGAUAAUACUGAACACAGCAUUGUGAUUGAGACCCAUACUUUGGGAAGAGCUUGGAUUACUAAAAUGGCAUUGUGGAAAAUAAAUCCUUUUGUAGCUCAGUUGGUAGAGCAUGGCGCUUGUAACGCCAGGGUAGUGGGUUCGAUUCCCGGGACCACCCAUAGGUAUGAUUUAUGAACGCAUGCCUGUCGCUUUGGAUAAAAGCGUCUGCUAAAUGGCAUACAUUAUAUAUAUAUAUUUAAGAUUCAUAUGGGAAAUGUGUUGGUACAUCCUCAUCCUCCCCUAUACGGGUCGUAAAAUGUGGCCAGUGAAGAGGGCUGGUUAGCCAAUGACGGGUAAGAUCCCACCUUUGAUACCGGGACAACCUAAGACAGGCACAGCCGUGCAUCUGGCCACAUCAUACCUACGUACGUACGCACAUUCAUACGUACAGUAUAUGCUGUACGAAGAAGACAUUGAAGUGAAGAAGAACACAAAGAUUUGCGCCUGGGGUUGGUUUCCAAAGAGCCAAGCAGAGUCCCCAAAUACAAGCUUUCUCAUAAUUCCCUUAAAUCUAACAUGCCUUCAAGGCUUGUUUGUGUCGCAAGUUGGUAGACACAUUGUCAGAAUGUAACAGCCGGAGAGGAGAGGCUUUGAGAAUGAGGGACACAAAGAUGGAUGUAUCGAGAGACCCUCAAUUUGUGGGAUUUCAAUAUAUGAAGUUGAUUUCCGGUUAAGGAUAUGACAUUUAACGUUUAUUCUAUGGGCAUAAAAAGUGCAGUCACCUCAGAAUGGUCACUGAUAAAGUCUAGGAGUCUUUUCCUCAGAUAUCCCUCUCAACAUGUUUCCCUAAAAAUACAAACUUUGUUUAAUAGGGCUUGGAUGCCCUAUUUGUUUAACCACCCCCAAAAUGUUAAAGUUGAAGUGGGGUCCAACAUUUAUUUAUUUUUGGUACCAAAAAUGUUUUGUAAGAUAUGCAGUAUCAUUCUUGCAUCAAUCAAUGCUAGCAACAGAGGUUGCUGUAGUGGCGCUCAGGGCCCAGCUCUCUAUCACUCUUUCUGUUUGUCUUUUUGUUUCUAUUUGUGUGUAAUUUGUGUAUUUUCUUCAUCUGAAGGGGAUGCUUUGCAUGUUCUCCUCAACUAACAUGUUUUCUAUUCCUUAAGGCUGGCUAACAUACCACACAAUCAACCUAGUGGAAUUGCAUCUUCUAUCAAAGCUUUUUGUGAACUCCUCUUUGCUGUUUUGGUUUGAUCGGGCUUGCAUGUCGUGUUCUAUGUUACCAUAAGUCUUCCCUCUUCCCUUUCUACCUGAAACCACAUGGUGUAACUUUAACCAGCCUUAAUGUAAUGGAUUAACCCCCCUGUGCAUACCCAUGAUUCAUGUCAUUCUUUCAUCUCCAACAGUCUCCAUCACAUUUUACAUUUACAUUUUAGUCAUUUAGCAGACGCUCUUAUCCAGAGCCACUUACAGUUAGUGAGUGCAUACAUUUUUCAUACUGGCCCCCCAUGGGAAUCGAACCCACAACCCUGGCGUUGCAAGCGCCAUGCUCUACCAACUGAGCUACAGGAGGCCAUCACCACCUCUACAGUCUUUAGAUUCCAUUUCACUGUCUCUUGGUCCAAUGACACGUGUGUCAGACAACUCAAACAUGCAACUUUUGACCAUAAUAUCACCCUUGUGGUCUCUACCAAGCACAUUGGUCACACCACGGGCCACUCCCAAUCACCAGGCCACUCCCCUAUGCGUGUGAAAAGCACUGAUUUGUCUCUUGUUGAUAUGGGGCGCUCACAACCAACGUUCACACCCCUACCACCCCUUCCAAGACAACGUGUGUCAGUGUGUUUCGGCGUGUAGGGGGGGACGGUGAGUAUCAUCACAAAGGGGUGAGUACAUUGCCACAGGAAAGGGGGCCGAGGCCUCCCGAGUGGCGCAGCGGUCUAAGGCACUGAUCAGUGCUAGAGGCGUCACUACAGAUCCGGGUUCGAUCCCGGGCUGUGUCGCAGCUGGCUGCGACCGGGAGACCCAUGAGGCGGCGCACAAUUGGCCCAGCGUCGUCCGGGUUGGGGAGGGUUUGGCCGGCCAGGAUGUCCUUGUCCCAUCGCGCUCUAGCGACUCCUUGUGGCGGCCGGGCGCAUGCAUGCUGACUUCGGUCGCCAGCUGUAUGGUGUUUCCUCUGACACAUUGGUGUGGCUGGCUUCCGGGUUAAGCGAGCAGUGUGUCAAGAAGCAGUGCGUCUUGGCUGGGUCGUGUUUUGGAGGACGCAUGGCUCUCGACCUUAGCCUCUCCCGAGUCCGCACGGGAGUUGCAGCGAUGGGACAAGACUGUAACUACCAAUUGGGGAGAAAAAGGGGUAAAAAUCAGGGGCUGUCGUCAUAGAUUGAUUUGUCAUUGGUUUAUCUAUAUUGUACUGUUCAUAUUAGUACAUAAGGAUGUGUCAUUGUAGCAUUGAGUAUGUCUUCACUGAUAUGCAGAGCUGACUAUUUCAUGAUCAGGCAUGGGUGUGUUCUAUCCUGAACAAUCAGUUCGAAAGUUGGAACCACCAAAAUAUAUGCAGUUAUAAUGACGAAUCAAGUCCAUGUUGGUAUUUUCUGCCAAGUUCCUCCCCUCAUUUCAGUUAACUGUCUGGACAGGGAUUAUAUCAACAUUUGGGCGGCUAUUAGAGGUCAUUGUCCAUGGGUGAGGCUGGAGUGCAUGAGCAUAUAUAUGCAUGUGUGGUUGAAUAGUGUUUAGGGGGAUGACUCCCAGAGUCUUUAUAUAUAAUCAGCACUAACUCCUGUCUCUUCUCUUCUGUGUUUUUGUGAAUGUCGGACAGCGAGGUGAGAGAGAGGUUCCCCAGGCUUCUCAAACUGGUAAGGGUUCAAUCCAACACUUUUAGGAUUUCAACAAUUGUUUGUUCAACUCGUUUUGGAUAUUAUUAUUGUAUUUGUGUAGGAUUUACAUUCUCUAACUCUCUUCACUAGGACGGUCAGGAUCUCCCCCCACCCAUAGUCUUUGAUGUGGAGGUGACUCCUGCCGCCCUUCCACCAUGCAAGGUAAUACAUACACACCAUUGGUUCUCAUUUAGGGGCUUUGCAUAUAACCAUGUGUGUCAAAACAGGAGUGUUUUAUUUGAAAUUCUCACCCUUCGACUUCUGUCACAGCCCAGCUACUUCUGCUCUGAAGAGAUCAAGACUCCCAUCGUUGGCUUCCUACAACAGUGAGUUUGCACUCAGCUCUUUUUAUGUUGAAUCCACGGACACAAAUGCAUACACAUUACUGUACAAAUACACUACACACUGUUAUAGAUGCGGUAAAGAGGUCAAUGGAACUCGACCAAAACAAUGGAAAUGUCAUGGAAACGUGUGGCGGGAACGAUGACGAAUCUCCUCAUUGCCCCCCAGCAAAAUUAUCCUACAUUUAGGCUGUUGUUUAUAUGUGUAUUUCACACUACGUUGAGGUAAACAUCAGAGUAUAAUGCUUGUAUGGAUGUCAACCCCUAUAUGUUCAUGUUCACUGCAUUACAGUUAAAAAUUACUUUGACCAUCACCAGCGAUUUCUGUAUGCUAGCUAUACUACAAGAUCAUACGAACGGAAGUUAGCAUUUAGCAGUCACUUCUAAACCUGAAAAGGGACAUCUAAAUGCUAUGCAGCGAAAACUGCAGCCAAAUAUAUCAAAAUCGUACUUUAGUAACCACAUUGUGGCCAGUGGUGUCAAGUACUUAAAUACAAAUAGUUUAAAGUACUACUUAAGUAGUUUUUUGGGGUAUCUGUACUUUACUUUACCAUUUAUAUUUUUGACUACUUUUACUUUUACUUCCUAAAGAAAAUAAUGUACUUUUUACUCCAUACAUUUUCCCUGACACCCAAAAGUACUCAUUACAUGUUGAAUGCUUAGCAGGACAGGAAAAUUGUCCAAUUCACACACUUAUCAAGAGAACACGUGGUCAUCCCUACUGCCUCUGAUCUGGCAGACUUACUAAACACAAAUGCAUCGUUUGUAAAUUAUGAGUGUUGCAGUGUUCCCCUGGCUAUCUGUAAAUUUGUAAAACAAGAAAAUGGUGCCGUCUGCUUUGCUUAAUAAAAGGAAUUUGAAAUGAUUUAUACUUUUGAUACUUAAGUAUAUUUAGAACCAAAUACUUUUAGACUUUUACUCAAGUAGUAUUUUACUGGGUGACUUUCACUUUUACUUGAGUAUAUUUCUAUUAAGGUAUCUAUACUUUUACUCAAGUAUGACAAUUGGGUACUUUUUCCACCAUUGUGGGCCUGUUACAAUGCAUCAAUCAUGAGGGAUUUGACCAAUAUCCACUUUGUUAGAACAGAUGUGUUGAAUGUGCUCCAAUCUGGCGUCCUUCUGUCCUCCGCGGUCUGCGUUCCAUUGGCCUCUUUACCGCAUGUAUGCAGAGCAAAUCUCAACUAAGCCGGAGCCCAAAACGCUCUGAUGCACACCAACACACCUUUAUUUUUGUUUAAAACAAAAAGCAGCAUGAUUUGAUGUCAUUAUAUUUUAAAUGUUAUUUUAUACGACACAAAUGUAUCUGCUUAGGUAGAAUCUAUCUGUACUGAUAUGAAAUGUAAGUUGUUGUAUGUUUCUUUUGAUGUACGUUUUUAAAGAAUAACUUUCCCCCAGAUACUACAGUGUGUAUGACUCCGGAGACAGGCAGCCUUUAUUAGAUGCCUACCAUGAUGGAGCAACCUUCUCCUUGAGCAUGCCCUUCACCAUGCAGAACCCCUCCAGGUACCCCUCGGCUAGUUAUUAAUGUUACCUGUCUCCAGCAGCAUGCAUAAACGGCGUAAAAUAAACAGUAAUUCAGUAUCACCUAUUUGUCACCUGUUUCUAAGGUAGUCAGUCAGUCACUGUCUCCCUUUGUCUCUAGGUGCAGUCUUGGAGAUUACCAUAAAGACAGUCGCAACCUGAAAAAGCUCAAAGAUCCCAGUGAGUCUCCCACUUCUGAUUUGCUACUUGAGUUUUCAGAAGUGAUGGUUGAUGUCAUCUCUUACAAAUGUAGUGUCUGAAUAAGGGUAAGGGUAGGUAACAACACAUCUGCCACGCUGAUCAUCAACACGGGGGCCCCUCAGGGGUGCGUGCUCAGCCCCUUCCUGUACUCCCUGUUCACCCAUGACUGCAUGGCCAGGCACGACUCCAACACCAUCAUUAAGUUUGCAGACGACACAACAACGACAACGAUGAGACAGCCUAUAGGGAGGAGGUCAGAGACCUGCCGUGUGGUGCCAGGGUAACAACCUCUCCCUCAACAUGAUCAAGACAAAGGAGAUGAUUGUGGACUACAGGAAAAAGAGGACCAAGCACACCCCCAUUCUCAUCGACGGGGCUGUAGUGGAGCAGGUUGAGAGCUUUAAGUUCCUUGGUGUCCACAUCACCAACAAACUAUCAUGGUCAAAACACACCAAGACAGUCAUGAAGAGGGCAUGACAAAGCCUAUUCCCCCUCAGGAGACUGAAAAGAUUUGGCAUGGGUCCUCAGAUCCUCAAAAAGUUCUACAGCUGCACCAUCGAGAGCAUCCUGACUGGUUGCAUCACUGCCUCGUAUGGCAACUGCUUGGCCUCCGACCGCAAGGCACUACAGAGGGUAGUGCGUACGGCCCAGUACGUCACUGGGGCCAAGCUUCCUGACAUUCAGGAACUCUUACCAGGCGGUGUCAGAGGAAGGCCCUAAAUAUUGUCAAAGACUCCAGCCACCCUCGUCAUAGACUGUUCUCUCUGCUACCGCACGGCAAGCGGUACCGGAGCACCAAGUCUAGGUUCAAAAGGCUUCUUAACAGCUUCUACCCCCAAGCCAUACGACUCCUGAACAGCUAAUCAAAUGGCUACCAGGACUAUUUGAUUUGAAUAAAGGAAACCUGUUGGUAGUGAACGUCACCAUGAUUGUGUUCACUCAUGUACACAAGAAGUAAAAUGAGUUUAAUACCUUUACUCUUUCAGCCACACGGUUCCGCUUGCUGAAGCACACCCGUCUGAAUGUGGUGGCUUUCCUGAGCGAACUGCCCAAAACGCAACAUGACACUGCAUCUCUAAUUGUGGACGUCAACACCUUCACCGUGAGUAGAAUACUCUUAUAACCAUCAACUCAUAUUCAAAGGCCAUGACCAUCAUUGAUCUCAUAGCUUCAAUCUCCUGUCUCUCUCCUACUCCUGUAGAACACGUUACUGUCGUUCACGGUCACUGGAGUGUUCAAAGAAGGUAUGUUUGUUCAACUUUUCUGACUUGGCUAACAUAUAUUGUUUCCCUAUUUUUGUUGUAUUUUUUCCCACAUUUUCAUUCCCCAAAAAGUCAUGAACCAUGUAUGUUUCUUUCUCCUUCUGUCACGACAGUUGAAGGUAAAUCCCGCGACUCUGUGAGAGCUUUCUGUCGGGUGUUUGUCACAGUGCCAGCUGGAGGGACAAGGUAGGCCCUAGAGCUAGCCUUUAUAUAUAGACAAAACUCAGCUGGAUAUGUACUUGGAUGUCUUGAUCGCAACAAAAAUGUUGAUACUAAUGGGAAAAUAAUUUCCUCAUCUUGUAUUCCUCAUGUUUCGACAGUCUUUGCAUAGUGAACGACGAGCUGUUUGUGCGCAAUGCCACGACUGAGGAGAUCCGCCGGGCCUUUGUUGCGCCCGCCCCCACCCCAUCCAGCAGCCCCGUCCCCACCCUCUCAGCCCCCCAGCAAGAGAUGCUCUCUGCCUUCUCCCUCAAGUCCGGCAUGAACCUUGAAUGGUCCCAGAAGUAAGUGGGAAACAGUUACUUUGCAUUAGAUUUUAAGUUGGCUCAAGUAGUGACAAACGCUGGCCCCUGUUGUCGCCCCGCUUCGUUUUUUUUGUACAGGGUUUUGUGGGUGGAAUAUAGCAAUAUUGCGUUCAUUUGUUGGUUCUAACCUACUUGAUCAAUGCAUCUCAGGUGCCUACAGGACAAUGAAUGGGAUUUCAACCGAGCAGGGCAGGUCUUCACAGACCUCAAGGUAAAUAAAUGGUCCCCUCAUAUUACUCUGUAAAUGAGACCGUAAACAUUCCUAGAUCCAAAUCUUAAUCCUAGUAAAGUAUCUAAGGGAGCAAUGUGUGUUGCUUUAGUUUGACUGAAUGUCUGUGUGUUUUACCUCAGAUGUUAUGUACCCUUCUAGGCUUCCGAUACUAAAAACAAAACUUCUGCUCUGUUUCUCCUCAGGCUCAUGGAAAGAUCCCAGAUGUCGCUUUCAUAAAGUGAACAGGAAUGGUUGUGAAGCUUUUUAAUUAUUGUCAUUGGUCUUAUUUCCGUUCAUUCUUAUGCAGUUUCCCUCCUGGAUUACAAGAUAACACCGGGAUAUACUUCAUUAUUUGUGUACUUAUAAUUAAAAGUGAUUUAACGUAUUCAAA